CACACACUCACGCACACACAUACAACCAACACUUGGAGGAAAAAAGACGCACCGAAAGACGCACGAAGGCUUUGUGUUGAUAAACAGAAGAGGGAGAAGUAAAGAAAACCCGGACCAUUGCGGACCAAACGGGGCCAAACACUCACCCAGGUAUGGCGGCGGUGUUGCCGAGAACGCUCGGUGAGCUGCAGCUCUACCGGAUCCUGCAGCGGGCCAACCUGCUCUACUACUACGAGGCCUUCAUCCAGCAGGGCGGCGACGACGUGCAGCAGCUCUGCGAGGCCGGGGAGGAGGAGUUCCUGGAGAUCAUGGCCCUCGUCGGCAUGGCCAGCAAGCCGCUGCACGUGCGCCGCCUGCAGAAGGCGCUGCGAGACUGGGUCACCAACCCGGCCAUCUUCAACCAGCCGCUCACAUCGCUGCCCGUCUGCAGCAUCCCCGUCUACAAGCUGCCCGAGGGUUCGCCCACGCUGCUGAGCGGCCAGGACCGCGCCAACACCGCCAGCGUCAAGAUGCCCAAAGCCGUCGCCGCCGCCUGCUCCGACCCAGGGAAGCUGGACGUGGCGCGGGAUAAAGUCUCAGCGGGGUCGCCGCUCCAGGGCAGCAGCGAGGCUCGGUUCUGGUCGGGCCACAGCAACGACAGCGAGCACAGCCUGUCGCCGUCCGACCUCGGCUCCCCGUCCUCGCCGAGAGACGCGCUGGAGGCUCUGGACGCCGCCGCCGUCCAGUCGGUGCUGGAGUGCGUGGACAGGAUGGCGCCGGGGCUCGCCAAGACGGACUCGACCGAAGUGAAGGAGCAGCUGAAGACCAACAAGAAGCUGGCGAAGAUGAUCGGACACAUCUUCGAAAUGAGCGACGACGACCCGCGGAGGGAGGAGGAGAUUCGUAAAUACAGCGCCAUCUACGGGCGCUUCGACUCCAAGAGGAGAGACGGCAAACACCUGACGCUCCACGAGCUGACGGUGAACGAAGCAGCAGCUCAGCUCUGUAUGAGGGACAUGGCUCUGCUGACGCGCCGAGACGAGCUGUUCGGACUCGCCCGGCAGAUUUCCAGAGAAGUCACCUACAAAUACACCUACCGCACCAGCAAGUCUCGGUGUGGAGACAGAGACGAGCCGUCCCCUAAAAGGAUUAAAACAGAGGAGAACUUCUUCGACAUCCAGGAGGCGCUGCAGGCCAUCCACAUGAGGCAGGAGAUGCUGAGGGAGCAGCUGGCCUGCGCCAAGUCGAAAGGAGAGGAAACUAUCGGGCGAAAUCUGCAGAUGCAGCUGGAGCGUCUGCUGGCGAGGCAGAUGGAGAUCCUGCAGGACGCCGCCGUCCAGGAGCGACUCCAAGCUCUAGACUGGAGGAUUCCUCCCGCCGCCUUAAAGUACCUCAACGACGCCCAUAACACCAACGGAGCCGCCAGCGACUCCAGCAGAGACAACCAAGAUGAACGACCAAUCAACUUGCGGGUGGUUAGUCAAAACAUGCAGGAAGGCGACCUCCCGUUGGGCAAGCAGCUAGCCAAUGAGCUGAAGCGCCAUCACAACCACAACAACAGCAACAACAACAACAACACAGACGAGACCAAAACACCAGCAACAGAAAACGGGACGUCGCAGCGGGCAUCUAGCAACGCAGAAAAGAAGACCAUCAAGUCAGAGCCGGAAGACUCCACAUAGUGCCUCCCGCCUCACCCACCCCUCCACCCUACCAACCCCCCCCCACCCCCCACCCCUACUUCAUUCUACUCACACUUGACAGUAUGCAGUUAUUACCCGUCAAUAGAUACUAAGCAAGCACAGCCACAGUAGAGCCUUAACAACCAAUGUUGCCUCAUGAAUAGCAUUUAUUUUUCUUUGUUUUUGUCUUUUUUUGUUGUUUUGUUCUUAAGAAAGUAUUUGCCAAAGCACCUACAGAGCAUGUUGAGACGCCCCUCGAUGCUCUACAGGUCUUUGUCUGUUGAUUAAUUGUACACGUUAGAUGUACAGGUAAUUUAAGAGUGAUCUGUUGCAGACAUUUGUACACUCUUUACCUCGGCCUGGGUGUUAUUUUUGUUGCUUUAUUUGGACAGCCAGGUUGCAGGCUUUCGUGCCGGGGCUGAAUCAUAACUCAAACGUAGAUUCAGAGAUGGAAGAGUUGUUGGAGCAUGUUUUGACAAGUUUAGCCUCUUGGUAACACUUUACAUGUCUACUAUUUAAUUCAUAUUUCAAGUCCUUUUUCCACUCGCUGACACCUUAAAACUGAAGCUGCUGGUGAAAAUACACUGUGCCGCUAUUUAAUACAAAUUAAAAAUUCCUAAAUAUUUAAUGUAUCUAUGAACAGCAGGGCUCUAGUGAGUCUUGGUCAGUCCAUCACUUGUACAGACAUGCAUAUAAUCCAGAAGUUAAUUCAUCCUAAUUAAUUUGUUAAUCCCAUCAGUUUUCAUGUAGGAACAGUUGCAAAUUCAAGGUUUUAAUAUGUGAAAUACCUCGAAAUCUACUAAAUGGAUUGGCACAACAUUUCCUAAAGACUUUUAUGUUACUCACAAGAUGAAUUGUACUAAUUUUGGUGAUAUUUUUCUCAAACAUUGAACCUUAAAUUUUUCCAAUACUUUGGUUUAAACCUGCAAAACUACUGACAUUCCCACCAGCCUCAACCAUACUUUGAAUUUAAUGCUAAUUAGCAAAUGUUUGCAUGAAUACUAAGGCGGUGACAUUACUUGCUAAGCAUUUAUGUUUAUGAAGAACAUUUCUUAACAGGUAAACUCAAUGUACUUUACAUUAAAGUGCUUACAGCAACA